CUCGCGGAGCAACCGCCGUCGUCGGGCGAUUGAGUCUGUUUUUCUGGUUCGUACCUGCGCUUUGCGGUGCUCAGGCUCCUGUCCCUCACACCCGGGUUCGAGGGUCGCUUCCUAAGUUAAGAUCUCUGAACCCGCUCGUCCCUCUGGCUGUGAGUUCGUCCCUCUCGCCUCUUGCGGCGUCGCCAUAUGACGCCCCGAGUCCUGUGGCUCCGCGCGGGUCCGGGAGUCGCGUCCGUUUCCGGUUAAAAUCGCUCCGAGGCAGGUGCCGCCCGACCAUUCUUUCUUCGGUCCACGGAGACAGCGACCGGCUGCCGCGUCGUUUUCCUGCUCAAACCCUUUGUCUGACGCCCGACUCCCCGCCCAACCUCGUGGUAAAGGCCUCGCUCAGGAGAUGCUGAAGGAUGGGCUGGCUGCAUGUGAAACUUUGUUUCCACGGAGCCGAUCUGUUCAUGAUGAACAGCUUCCUCAGAACCCAUCUCCAGAAUAAUCUAACCUGAGAAUCCCAGAGGAAGAGGAAAGAAAGGUGGAAUGGCUCCUUCCAAGGGACAGUUGACGUUCAGGGACGUGGCCAUCGAAUUCUCUCAGGAGGAGUGGGAAUGCCUGGACCCCGCUCAGAGGGCCUUGUACAGGGACGUGAUGCUGGAGAACUGCAGGAACCUGCUCUCCCUGGGUGAGGAGAGCUUCCCUUCUGAAGUUGGAAGCCUGUCUGCUGGCUUUGGAAUAAAGGAAUUAUCAGCAAGAGAGGAUGUUAGGGAAGGAGAAUUAUACCAUCUAGUGAUUUUGGAAAGCAGUGAAAGCCAUGGCAUCAAGGAUUUCAAUCUCAGGGAAGUCUGGGAAGAUAUGCAUGGGCAUCAGAAUGAAUUGGGAUAUGAUGCAAGAAAUUACAAAGGAGUGCCUUUGACUCAUAACAAAAAUCUGACUCAUAGAAUAGAUCGGCAACAUAAUAAAUCCUCAAUCAAUUUUCCACAAAGGCAAAGUGUUUCUGUAAGAAAUAAUACAUACCAAUAUUUGAUGCAUGAUCAGCCAUUUAUAAGGAAUUUGUUAAAACCGAAAAGUAAUGUAAGUGAUGUUGGAAACAAGUAUUUAAGGAGUUUGGAAAAUAGAACUGGGUUAAGUUGGCAGGCACACCUGGCUAAAAUGCAGAGAUUUCAGACUGAGGAGAAAAUUUAUGAAUACGGUCAAGUUGAGAAGUCGGUCAACCAUGGUUCCUCACUUUCACCACUUCAAAGAAUUCCUCCUAGUGUCAAAAACGUUUGUAAUAGAUAUAGGAAAGUUUUAAAAUAUUCUUUGUUACCUGCACAAUAUGGGAGAACGAACAGAGAAAAAUCUUACAAGUGUAGUGAGUGUGGAAAAGCUUUUAGCAAAAGUUCAAACCUCAUGAAUCAUGAGAGAAUUCAUUCUGCACAGAGACCUUAUAAAUGUAAUGAGUGUGGCAAAGCUUUUAAUCGGUGUUCAAACAUUAGUAGACAUAAGAGAGUCCAUAUAGGAGAGAAACCAUGCAAAUGUGAUGUAGGUGGCAAGGCCUUUCGUCAAAAGUCAAACCUUGCAAGUCAUCAGAGAAGAGAUACUGGAAAGAAACCUUACAAAUGUAAUGAAUGCACCAAAGCCUUUGCUGAACACUCAGUCCUUACUCAACAUAAGAGGAUGCAUACUGGAGAGAAACCAUUUGAAUGUAAUCAGUGUGAGAAAUCUUAUACCCGAUUUGCAAGUCUCAGAAGACAUCAGAAAAUCCAUACUGGAGAGAAACCUUACAAAUGUAAUGAGUGUGGUAAAGCCUUUAUGGAAGGUUCAUAUCUUACUCGACAUCAGAAAAUCCAUACUGGAGAGAAGCCUUACAAAUGUAAUGAGUGUGGCAAGUUCUUUAGUCAGAAGUCAAAUCUGGGAAUUCAUCAAUUAAUUCAUACUGGUGAGAAACCUUACAAAUGUGAUGAAUGUGGCAAAGCCUUUGCUGGGCAUUCAAGCCUUACAUGGCAUAAGAGAAUCCAUACUGGAGGGAAAUCGUACAAAUGUAAUGAGUGUGGCAAAGCAUUUUUAGAGGGUUCAUAUCUUACUCGACAUCAGAAAAUCCAUAGUGGAGAGAAACCUUUCAAAUGUAAUGAGUGUGGCAAAGCCUUUACAGAGGGUUCAUGUCUUACCCGACACAAGAAAAUCCAUACUGGAGAGAAACCUUAUAAAUGCAAUGAAUGUGGCAAGGUCUUUAUUCAUAAGUCAAGCCUUGCAAUUCAUCAGAGAAUUCAUACUGGUGAGAAACCUUACAAAUGUAAUAAAUGUGGAAAAUCUUUUACCCGAUUUGCAAGCGUUACAGAACAUCAGAAAAUCCAUACUGGAGAGAAACCUUACAGAUGUAAUGAGUGUGGCAGAGCUUUUGCUCAAUUUUCAAGCUUUACUAGGCAUCAGAAAAUACAUACUGAAAAGAAACAUAAUUCUAAUAUAUGUAGCAAUGCUUUUAUUCAAAGCUCAAGCUUUGGGGAUCAUCAUAGAAUAUAUCAGAGAAAGAAACCUUACAAAUACAAUGAUUGAGACAAAACUUAUGUAAGUGUUCAAGCCUUACUCAAACAUCAGCAUCUCCAUUGUGGAGAGAACGUAUAUAAUGGUAAUAUAUGUGUCAAAGCUGGUAACCAGGGCUCACACCUUAUUUGAUAACAGAAUAUACAUCUGAGAGAAACCACACAAAUGUAGUAUAUGGCAAGGCUUAUCCAACAUUUAAGUCUUGUGGAACGUAACAGAAUUCUUAUUAGAAAUCUUCUAAAUGUAAUGAGUGUGAUCAGCUCUAUCAAAUGUACAACUUUGUGGUCAUGAAAAUGUCAUUAGGAGGGAAACCAUACAAAUGUGUCAAGGCCUUUAAGCAAUGACGUUAUGAUACACCAAAGAAUUCAUAACUGGUCAGAAAUAUUACAAAUAUAAUGAAGGUGAUAGAUUCUUUAACCACUUCUCUUAAUGAACUACACAUAAGAAAAUUCAUCCUAGAGGGAACUAAGUCUUUUAAUUUGAUGAUUAGCCAACCUCAGAUGUUAACUUUCACUGAAUUAAUGAUUUAAAAUUCAUCUGAUGAUGUGUGUCCCUGGAGCAAGGACAUCUGUGGAAAAGUCUAUCUUCAGUUUCUAAAAUGGUUUUAUUCAGUUACUUGAAGUUUCUUGAAAAGACUACAUUACUAUUGAUAACUUACAACCUGAACUUUGAAAUCUUUUGAUCUCAUAAUGUCAUUACAUGCUUUUGUCAUCACAAUGGCCUCAGGGAAGGGAACUGUAAGAUGAAAGGAACUGCUUCAGUAGGUAGGGUUUAUUCAUAUCCAUGGAACUUGAAAAACAUAUACACUAGUUUUAAAGUACACUGGUAUAAAUUUGAGGGCAUAGAGAGGUAGAGAGUAGAUGUAAAACUAUUAUCUAAAUUAUCAUGCUUUCUGUGGUCACAGCCCCUUGUCUAGGUUUCCUGGUAUGACUGGGCCUUCGAUGAUAAUUUUAGGAAAGUAUUACUCUACCAGAUGAUCACAGAACAGAAUAGGCCAGGAUAUUGAGAGAAUGACAUUUUCACUGAGUAGAAUGAUUGGUUACUAGGGAUGGCAUGUGUGGUAGAAAAAAUGGAGGGGGAUUGAUGGUCUCCCUUGCUUUUGAAAGGUAACAGGUGUUGUAUAUCAUAGAUUAAUGAAAAUUAGUCUUAGUUUUGGAAACUGAAGAGUUAUAGAGGACAAUUUCAUCAAAAGAACCAGAGUAGAGUGCGCUUGUACAGGAUGCAAAUUGUGCCAGUGUUAUUUCAUUAUCAUACCACUUUAUUUAGCAUGUAUUCUCCUGUCUAAAUAUGUAAAAUAUAA